GAAUGAAACUGGACUCUACUCGGCACUGUUUUCUCUUAAACUGUCAAGUCUGUCAUAUGUCAAAUUAGGAUUUUGAUCUGAAUAUUGCGAAUUGGUUUGUUAUUAUUUCCUUUUACAGACUGUGCCCUGUAUAUUCAAUGUUUUACCUUUUCCGUUAAGUUGUUGUUUGUAUAAUGUCUUAAAUUUAUUUUAGAGCCUUCUUUGUCACCUCUAUUCACAUCAACAAGCCGUUGGUAACCUUAAAAAUUCAAGCGAACAAUGCCGACUUUUACGAUGUAUUUGUAAUCAUGGAUUCUUCUAAAGAUUCUCAGUCUACGAAGAAUUCUGGUAAACUUGAUGGUGACGGUGAGAAAAAUAAAAACAUUAAAAGCGCUCCUACCCAGGCAGGGCAACGGGAUAGCGCUGAAAAUCUAUUUACAUCGACAUCGAAUCCGGGGUCGAGCUUUGUUCCUUUAAAUGGACCUCGAACAAAUCUCACGAACUCAUUAGCUGGUAAUGAAUCAGGCUCGCAGAGCAGCAAAUGUAGUGAUAAUAAAUCUGAAUCUAAUAAAAAUUCAUGUAAUUCUAUACCAUCACAAAUGUGUAAUAACAAAAUAACUAAUUCUAAUUCGGAUCAAGCGGAUUCUCCAGUUGCAGGCAACAGUAGAUCUAUACCUUUACUGUGUGAUAAUGGCACAGAAUCAAGUCAAGACAAACAGACAAAAGAAACAUGCCAGAGGCAUAAAGUGUAUGAAAAAGCAGGAAGUAGUAGUCUACCCUCCACCAGUGGGACAAGCAGAGCAUCUGAUAACCCAGACAAUAGCUCUUUUAGGGAAAACAGGAAGAGGCCUUCAAGUUUAAAGUUAAAUAGACCAAAUUUGGAUGACGACAGCUCAAGUGAUACGGGGAAUGAUGACUACUCAUUAGGGUCAGAAGAUGGAUGUAUUUACACAUAUAGAGGUGGUGAGCAUUUAGCAGAUUUACCUAGUUCAUUUUUCAGUCUGGACAUGGGUUUACCUAUAGAAAAACACUUACCAAUGCCUAAUUAUCAAGGGCCUCAGCAAGGAGCACCUGCAGCUGUAAGGGAACCAGUUUCAAGGGCAUCCAGUCCUGACAUGGAUUUUCUAGAAAUGGAUUUUGACCCAGGGCCGUCAUGUGAAGUGGACACCGGUGAUGAAUCAUCUCCAGAUGCUGACUUAGAAUCUGCUAGUAAUAUGCCAGAAGAAAUUGAGGUAGUGCCUAGAGGGACAUCACCAGAAUAUGUUCCUGCUGUAAGAUAUAACGUGCCAGUGGUAGCUGUUCCCACUGUACCCACAAGUACAGCGUCUGGGUCACAUGGAGAAGCUGAUCCGUACGCAUAUAGUGUGCCAUCAACAAGUCGAGGAGUGGUUAUGGGGCAUGGUGAUGCCUCAGAGAGUACCAGCAGUCAGAACUAUGUGGAUCAAAACUACAGUUUCGGGCCAUACAUCACUCAUGUGAACUCCAGAGGAGAACAGCUGAUUGUUAGAAGGACUAUGUCACAUGGACCGGUAUCAAUACCUGUCAGUCUACAUGUCUCAAGUGGAGACUUGGUGUCACCAAGGGAGAUAUUAAAUUAUGAGGAAGAGCAUGUGGAAGGUCCAUUUGCAUACCAAAUUAACCAGGGGGCGUCACUUGACACAGCAAAUCUGUCAUCAGCAUUAUACCAUGUCUCCAUGGCUAAGAAGCUGAUUGCUGACAAAGUUAGGUUUGAUGUGGAAACCCAGGGUGCUGCUAAGGUUGGUGAAGCAACCGCGAGCAGUUCGACUGCAGCAGCCUGUGUGGAACCACCUCGUUGCAUGAUCUGGUCGGAGUGCGAGGCCUGCGAGAGACAGGUCACGCAGAUCAGCACCUCGGCCUGCGGGGCCACCGCUGUUGUUAAUGUUUUUAAUGCCUUAGGUGUGCCUGUCAAUUUAGAAAAGAUAACCUCAUCUGUUGGAGCACGACAAAGAGCAAAUAAUGCGCCGUUACCUAGGUAUCUGCUGUCGAGAGCGGUGGCAGGCUGUACAGCCGCCGACCUGGUCUCCGGUAUCCACAGGGCGUCUGACGGCCUAGUCACUGCGAGGUUCUUUCCGACGCAUCCUGAACGAGCGGUGUCGCUGUCUCACUGGCUUGCUGACUGGAUCACACUAGGCGCAGUACCAAUCCUGACCCUGAACCUGCAAGCGGGCUGCGAGGGCGACAUCCCGGACGCGUGGCACCACCAGAUGGUGUUCGGCGUGUCGCCGCGCGGCGUGUACGUGUGCAACCCGGUGGAGUGCGUGCGCGAGCCCGCGCUGUGGCCGCACCUCACGGCGCCCUCCGAGCUGCUGGUCCGGACCAAGGACGUGCUGUCGAGGUUUACGGCGAAUACGGAUCUGACGCCGCUCAUGGUCGUGCCUGAUCGACGGUUUCAUACGUUUAAUGUUUUAGGGCAAGUAGUAAACGUGAUCCGCGAGUGGCGCGCUAUCGGGUGGGGCGAGUACGGGACGCGCACGCGCCACAUCCGCGUGCCGGCCUCGUACGAGGCGGGCGUCACCGUGGCCGCGCUCACCGGCUCCGAGGCCCACCGCCGCCUCAUGCUCAGCCCGCAGCUGCCCGUACUCACGCAGACCGACCCCGCAUGAGAACCAUGGAAUUACCACGUUUUAUAUAGUUUCUGAACUCAACUUCACUCAAAUGUGACGUUAAUGACAGGUGCGUUUUGUUUCUCGCGCAUUUUUAGUGUUCAUUCAAGGACGGUUGUUUCGAUUCAGGAAUGUUUCGGCUGUAUGGUGUUCUGUGUAAAUUUUUGUUUCGAUUCGAAAGCGGUCUGUUAGUGUUUUCUAAAAUAUUGGUGAUAGUUUAAGGCGGAUGAUAGGUAGGCUUUUAUUUCGCUAGACGAAAUAUUUAGUCACAAUACACAGCGGAGUAACAUAAUAUGGACUGAAUUUGUAGCACUAUCAUAAAAUACGUUGUAUUUUUCUCUCAAGUAAAGACAGUAGAAAUAAUUCGCUUGUGACUGUUUGGUAUUGAAAAUGCCAAAUUGUGGACACCGAUUAGAUAACGUACUAGGUUAUAAUGUAACCAUAUUUAGAUGUAUUUUAUUCUAUAUUCGUGUACAAAGCAUAAUUACAUGAACAUAACAUACAUAAUAUAGUUUUAAACUGUUUAUUGUAAUGGGAAGCAGAAUUUUUGAUGUAGUCUGAGGCUCUUCGUAUGCUAGGCAACUUAAGUCUUCGACGGUUGAUAUAAAUCGCUGACCUGUUGCCCAGUGUACAAAGAGACUUUCGUCCCUUUUCAAGAACUACACUAUGACAUGCUGUCUUUAUCACUCUCACCCGGACAGAGAAGGACAUAACAGAGUGGUUUAAUAAUGUUGUUCUUGAAUAUGGACGUAGCUAUGCUGUUUCACUGAGCUUUACACAUCAUUGGUUAAUAAAAGGUACAAUUUGUACGAAAACCAAUGGAACAACUACUUUUAUGAUUUUAAAUCAAUAUGUAUUAAUAUUUUAUAUUUCACUAUUCGAUAUAAACAUCAAUUGAACACAGUUGCAGUGCUUGUGUAUUCAAUAACAUCGUCAUGAGUCGUGACAUAUAGCGAUGACGUUUGUUUUGUAUACAUCUCAGUUAUAGGACCUCCGAAAUUGCAUGUUGUAUUAAUUAGCAUCUACCGUUUGCCGAUCAAUAAUAUGAUUUUGAUAACGUAUUGACACAUACUGUAAAAAAAUAUUUCCAUGUUUCAGUGGAUUGCGAAUUAAGUCAAGUUUAACUUGUAAUUGGUAUGACACUAACCAUUUACUACAAAAACGAAUUCAUUUGCUUACUUUUUAACUUUCUAUUGUUUAUUUUUCAUGCAAAAAUGGUCGAAAAGCUAAUUUUGUAACAUACCCGAAUGCAUCUUCAUUCGUAACCCUACCUUAAUUUGUUAUUGCUGCCGUUUAUUAUCCGUUUUUCAGUAUUGUAACCAUGUUAUUCCAUUAUUUAAAUAUUCAGUGGCAACACCAGCUUCACGCUCCAGUGCUGCCAUCUUCAAUAUUGAAGUUUCCCUAAUGAAAGACAUGUUUUUUGUUACUGUCCCCCUAUGUUAAAUAACACAAUAAUUAAGUUAGUCGUCUAUCCUACUAACAUGUUAUUUAAAGGCCUAUGUACACGUGGUAACACAAUUCUCUGAGUUUUGCCGAAUUAGUCUGAAGAUGUGAUUUGUGCGAACCUUUUUGAUUUCAUGUAGCAGUUGUGUUAUGUGGAUUUGAUACUUACAUUCUCGGUUAUCGGCUAAUUACGUUGCAACGUGUAUAGCGGCCUGAUAAUUACUCUUUUAACAAAUAUGCACAAAUAACGUAUUUCUUUUCUUUAUGUUAAAGUGAUUUGUUUACGUUUACUAGGGUUGCACUAAAUGUCGCUCAAACGUUUAUUUGAUAUUCUCGCUGUAUAAAAAUAGUGUUAUCUAUUUAGUAUUUAAAGGUUUUCGUGUAACUAAAGCUGUGUGAUUGGCUAAAUUUUAUUAGCCAUAUAAGAUUGUACAUAGAUUUUGUAAGAAAUAAUUAUUAUUAGUCCAUUGGUGCUUACUAGUCAAAAUUAUAUUAGCACGUACUGUAGUUUGCUAUUUUAGUGGGAAACACAAAAUUAUGUUUUUUUUUCUUUUCGCAUUUGGCUGUAAUAUAAAUUGUAUAUGUAUUAACCCACUCACUCGGAAUACGACUAUUUAAUUUGCUUUUAAUGUUGAACCGAAUUAAAAUAGUUAUAGCUUUUGAAUAGAUAGAAUUACACAACCGUUGAUGUUGAUUAGGUAUGCUGUAAAUAUUUAUUUUUAUUUUAUUGUUUAUUGAUUGGUCAAUUAAAACGAGUUAAGAUACUUUAUACAGGUGUUAAAUGAUGAUAAGAUGCAAGUUUUGUGUUUCUUAUUUCUAUAGUAGACGCCUUGUAGUCAGUUCAACACAAUACUUUUGUAAAAGUUAUCGCACUUGAUAAAUGAUAAGUUUCGAGGCCGAAUUCUUAAGUUUUAAAGCUACUUUAGGUUCCGUUGAAUACAAGAUAUAUGCUAUAUAAGAUUCCAAUAUGAAAACUGUUUAUUCCUUAAGAUAUGUAUAAAAAAUAAUAGACACUUUUUUCGUAUAUAAAAAUACCUACUACUCCUAUACAGCGAAUUGAACUUGGGUUCAUGACGUCAUUAGCCAGUAUAACAAACUACGGCUACUCGAACAAAAUAACAGAGAUUAAGCCAGUCCUGAUUUUAUAUUUUCUUCUUACAUUAGUCAAUAUCAGGUAUCUAAUUUAUUCAUACCACUAUCCGAAAAAGAAAUUAAGAUGACAUCUCUAUUGAUGUCGUAUUCGUCUUGUGUCACUGGAACCUUGGUACUGAAACGUCAGAAUACGACCUCUGUAAUCUAUAUUCGGUAUAUUAACUGUUAAUAUGUUAGUGUCAUGUUGUGGAAUGUUACUGAAUGUUUUAAAAAAUUCUAUACUUGUUUCUUCGUAUUUAUUAAUAGUAUUAAGUAUUUUAAACUAUUUAACAACUCAACAUCAUCAGCCUAGCCUUUUCCAAAUGUUAGAGUCGGCUUCCAGUCUUAUGGGAGCGCAGUCUGUCAAGCGUAGUUUAUUCUUUGAUCCAUAAACUUGUGCUGUGAUAAAAAAAAUUAAAACAAUUACAGGCAUUAUUAAAAGGCUUCGUCAUAUGAUUUUAUUGCAACAGGUCAUUAAUUAUAAAUUGACAGUAAUUGAUAAUAAAUAAUAAUUGUUUAUUGCUCUGGAAGAAACCAUUCGUAACAACACUGAAAAUAACAAUUUUCUAUCAUUAACUGGAUCACAUUGCAAUAGCCAUGCGGCUAGCCUCAUUUUAAUAUACUUGCUCUGGCUAAAGACUCCGUGGUAGUGGAAUAAAGAAGCUCCUGAGUCGUUUUUUUUUGUAUGCUUGGUCUACAACAUGGUAUCACAGUUUUUUAACACCUGGUUGGCUACUCACGAGUUUUUAACCACACCCUUUCCAAAUAUAAAUUCCUUAUUCUUAAGUAUGUACUUUUAGAGCAUAUUCUUUCUCUAUUGUAAUCCACAUAAUUAUUAUUAUUUCCAAUAGGUGAAUUUAAUGCUCCAUGUGUGGAUGCACCUUUAUGUACUCUGUUUAACCUGUGUAAAAGACCAGUAGACGAAUUAAUUUAUGUACGCUGUCUUAAAGGCGACUAUUGUUUUUUAAUAAUAAUAAUUUUCUUAGAACGUUAUUCAGAUCUGUCGGGUUCAACUCGCGUCCACGCCGCGUCAGCUCAUGAUCACGAAUCAUUGGAUCCGAAACUAGUCUGGUCGUCACUAUAAAUAUGCAUGAGUAUGUAUAUAGUUCUUUGACAAUGAGUAUUGUUUUGUUAAUUAAUAUUAAAACAUUUCGCAACAUUCCGCAACACACACAAAGUAUAGUGUACUAUAUUUUGCAAAAGUGGUUUAAGUUAAUAUUAUGCAUUUUACUUUAAGUACUGUUUAAGGGUCGCUAGGGACCCCUUGUACUCGAUUAUAUAAAGCAACGUCAUGUAUAACAUUAUAUUUUUGGAAUAUACUAUGAUAGAACUCGUA